AUGGUUGUUGACUGUGGUAUUUGUUACGAUGAUUACGAUUCAAAAGAUCAAGUGCCUUGCAUUGGUACCUGUGGACAUACGAUAUGCGAUAGAUGUCGUCUAUCAAUGAUGUCAUCAAGAUGUCCGCAUUGUAAUCGAAAAGAAGCUUUUGCUGUGAAACAUGUGAAUAAGCAAUUGUGGGAUUUGAUACAGUUCUCGAAUUUUGUGUUUGGAAAAAAUGAAGAGAAAAGCGAUGUAGAAAUGAAACAAUGCAGUGAAUGCCACCAACCAGCCAAGAGACUCCGCAUCUGUCGUGACUGUUGUUUGAAUUCAGGUGCUGCUCCAAAACAUUUGGAAGUGGAAGAAGUAUCUGAGAGUGAAGCGAAAGCGAUUUGUGAGAAGAUUCGGAGUCAAGCACUAUGCGGAGAUUGUAUAAUUGAUGGAGAGCAUUUCAGACAUAAAACUGUAAAUGUGGACACUUUUAUUGAUAGUUAUUUGGCUUUCUUGCGGAAUGAGAAAUAA